UUUUAAUAUUGACCCGAAAAAAAGAAAUGGGAACACCGAAACCGAACGCUGAGGAGUACAUUUGUUUUACAGAGGACAAACAGUUUACUUUAUCCUCUACACACAGACAGCUGGGCUUGGCCAUGGCUUUAACAGUAUCUCGCACCUUCACCGCUCUCUCUCCACAGCCAUUCAUCCCCGUCGUCAUCUCCCCAAAACCCACCGUCCGGCCGGCUAAGCUCAUUCUCUGCACCAACAACGACGGAGACGUUAAUCGUACGCCCAACUCCAAAAGGAGAACAGCUAAUAACAGUAAACAGCCCAUGAGCAGCAGCCCUAGGAAAAAGCCCUCGUCGUACGGCGCCUCGAGGCGGUCCGUUUUGAAGAAAAGCUUCAGCCAGGAGCAAGUGACGUUCACGGGGCCGCUCUCGGCCGACCCCUCCGUCGGGAUUAUCGGUGGUGGGAUGUCCGGCCUCGUGUGCGCGCUUUAUCUGGAGAAGAGAGGCAUCAAAUCCACUGUAUUUGACACGGGAUUUCACGGGUUAGGAGGAAGAAUGGGAACUAGGAUUAUUGAUCCUCAGGCCUUGACUUUUGACCAUGCAGCCCAGUUCUUCACGGUUACUGACCCUGAUUUUGCUGAGAUGGUCAACCUAUGGUCUCAGAAGGGUCUUGUUCGUCAGUGGCAUGGCGCAAUUGGAGAGCUUGAAGCUGGUGGACUUAUUGACCUGCUUCCUCCUUCGCCUCCAAGAUACAUAGGAGUUAACGGGAUGCGCCCUCUUGCCGAAUCCAUACUAUCUGAGACUUCCUUGGUUAAUGUGGUGCGACCUUGCUGGGUUAGUAAACUGGACCCGUAUAAUGGGAUGUGGUACUUGAGUGAGAAGGGAAAGCCUUGUGGCCACUUUGAUUUAAUUGUUAUUGCACAUAAUGAUUUCGAAAUGAUUCAAAUUGCAGAAAGUUUACUGGGAAAAUGUGCAAAUCGACUACUUGCUUCAUCCGGGUUACCCCUAAUUGCCAGACAAAUGAAGAGGCUCGAUUUGAGUUCUAUAUGGGCUCUUUUGGCAGCAUUCAAUGAUCCCCUUCCUGUCCCCUUGGAAGGAGCCUUUGUUGAAGGAAUCGAUUCUCUCUCAUGGAUGGCGAAUAACACUGCCAAACUCUCUGGUCCGCAAACCGGUGGACCCCAUUGUUGGACCUUCCUCAGCACAGCAGGUUUUGGAAAGAAUAAUAAAGUUCCCCAGGAAAGUAUUCCUUCUAGUACAGCAGAAAAGGUGAAGGAAUCCAUGCUCGAAGGCGUUGAGAUUGCCCUGGGACUACAAAAGAACUCACUUGAAAAGCCUUUCUACAGUCGAGUACAAUUAUGGGGUGCAGCUCUUCCCACAAAUUCACCUAAGAUUCCCUGUAUUUUCGAUCCUCAUGGACGAGCUGGCAUAUGUGGUGAUUGGCUAUCGGGAUCAAGUUUAGAAGCUGCAGCCUUAAGUGGCAUGGCUCUCGCUAAUCAUAUUGCAGAUUAUGUCCAAAGUGGUGGAACUAGGCCAGAUGAUUUUGCUAUAGGCCUGCUCAAUGAAUUUCAACCACUCGAAGGACAUGAUAUUGGACAGUUUCCUGGAUUGAAGUGUGAAAAAGUGACGAACAAGACUCACGAUUUGCAAGUUACCGCUUAAAUCUGCAUCCCGUUACACAUUUUUCGGAGCUAUUUUGCAAGCUUCUUGUUCAUAACUCAUAAGCUGUCUCAGGUUAGAUUAUAUCUUGUAUCCGAAGGAAAUGGGGAUAAAAGGCAAAUAAACGAGACAAGCGGAGGGGAAAAAACGGUGCUUUUGUGGGUCUCUUUUCACCGUGUGAUAGGUAUGUUCUUUCCUUGGCACUUUUUUUUUUUGUUUUUUGUUCGCGAUUACUUGAUCCUGGAGAAAGUUAAAGGCUCAGACUUUUCCUUCUCUUUUGUAUAUACAAGGAAAGUACCGUAGUAUUGAACUAUAAAUACUGGAAUUUUCUGAGUCCCAUUUUGAGUUGGUCCCGGAGUUUUUACAUCAAAAGGUCAUUAUUUCGAAUUUUACUCAGCAACCCAAAAGUUUACUAAUAUUGGAAGUUAGGGUGCUUUUAGAAACUCUCCUUGGCAUCUUGGUACGAGGCUAAGUAUAAGACUUUACUAAGUACAGUAUGUUGAAGGUGAUGGAUAUUGUUCAUAUGCAUGUAGUUUUUAUUUCUCUUUAUUUUUUUUUUAUGUUUCCUUUUGCCCAAUCUAAGUUCACUGUAAACAAUACUUAAAUUGUGUUAGUAAUUCCUUAGUCCAAUCAAAACGUUAUUACCUAGUGUUUUGUCGAACUAAUCGUCAACAAAAAUACUUAGCCUGGAUUUGCUCAAGGCUGGAGUCCUCUAACAACCCUCUUUUGAUCUUUCAAGAAUGAAAACUUCAUAGUAAUACUGUAAUAGACUGACUAAUAGUUGCGUUAAAAUUUUUGGUGUGUUUUUAGUUUAUGUUUGAUGUAUGCACCAUAGCAAGCGCACUAUGACGAGCGUGAUAGAAGUUCUCCUAACUUUAUGAUAUUAGAUUUUAAAUGAAUAUAUUAUUUUAUUAGGUAAAUUUGAAACUUCAUAACGACUUAGACUGUGUUUGGUAAGCCA